UCCCUCCGGCUGAAGGAUCGCGGCAGAAGCGGAGCGACUGGUUUGCGGAGAGGCUGUCCUGCAGCCGCCUGGUCCGAGCGUGGGACCGCAGCGCCUCAUGAGAACCUGCUGUCGCGUGACGCCGCAGAGCUGGGAGGGGGGAUCGGGCCGACUCUGGUUCCUCCAUUCCGUCGGUGAAGCAUGCUCUCCGGGAGAGGCGGCCUGAGGGUUCCUGCGGGGUCAGUGCUGCGCCUUCUUCUCCUCGGAUGUUUGGCGUGUUUUUCCAUUCCAGGGCGCCGCGCUUCAGUCCUGCCUGGAAGUUUCAGGAUGUUGGCCGCUCUGGUGUUAGUUCUGCUGUGGGUCCAGUCUGCUCUCGGACAGGUGUGCUCGCCUGGCUUUGCCUUUGAUGAGGCGAUUGGAGAAUGCAGAGAUGUGAACGAGUGCCUGACCCUGGGGAGGGUCUGCCAGGGGGGCAUGGACUGCGUGAACCGGGUGGGGGGGUACACCUGCGUCCCCAGCGAGGCGUACCAGCGGCCCUACCGGCAGAGCAGCCCGGUUCUGCCGGAGACCAGCUACCCGGAGCUCUCCGACCCGGUCUCGGACACCUUCCUCCCCGCUCCCCCCAGGUUUGUGGAGCCAAGUUACCCCCGGAUCAGGAACCCGGCGCUUUGCACCCUGGGAUACGCUCUGGCAGCUGAUGGCACGUGUAACGACAUCGACGAAUGCGAGACGAACUCCCAUCAGUGUCACCACACUCAGGUGUGCAUCAACACUGCGGGCGGAUACACCUGCACCUGCGCUGAAGGCUACUGGCUCUUCCAUGGACAGUGUCAAGACAUCGAUGAGUGUCGCUAUGGUUACUGCCAGCAGCUGUGUGCCAACGCUCCCGGCUCGUAUUCCUGCUCCUGUAACCCCGGAUUCCUCCUGAACUCGGACGGCCGGACCUGUCAGGACGUGGACGAGUGCGAGGAGGAGCCCUGCAACCACGCCUGCUUCAACACGUACGGCUCCUUCAUGUGUAACUGUGACGAGGGGUUCGAGCUGGCUUCAGACGGCACCACCUGCAUCGACUUGGAUGAGUGCAGUUUCUCGGAGUUUCUGUGCCAGCACACAUGUGUGAACAGCCCCGGCUCGUUCUCCUGCAUCUGUCCGGCCGGAUAUUACCUUUACGAUGACGACCGGAGCUGUGAAGAUAUCAAUGAAUGUGACACUGGUAACAACACCUGUACAACAGAACAAGUAUGUUUCAAUUUCCAGGGAGGCUACACAUGCCUGGGUCCGUUACAGUGUGAGCCUCCUCACGUGGCGGUCUCUGACAAUCAGUGCAUGUGCUCAGCGGAGAACCCCGCCUGCAGAGACAGGCCCUUCACUAUUCUGUACCGACACAUGGACCUGCCGGCGGGGCGCAGUGUGCCUGCAGAUAUCUUCCAGAUGCAGGCCACCACGCGUUACCCCGGCGCCUUCUACAUCUUCCAGAUAAAGUCGGGGAACGACGGGCGAGAGUUUUACAUGAGGCAAACCAGCCACGUCAGCGCCACGCUGGUUCUGGUGCGUCCCAUCAGAGGGCCCAAAAAGGUGGUUCUGGACCUGGAGAUGGUCACCGUCAACAACGUCAUCAACUUCAGAGGCAGCUCCAUCAUCCAGCUGACGAUAUUCGUGUCGGAGCAUCCGUUCUGAGCAGCUGAAGAGAUGGUUCUUCCUCGUCCUAACGGGACUCUGCCGAGGCGGGUCACAUGAGAACCGAGCCCAGAUCAGCUGAUGGGAAGCCCCCCUCCCCCUCCCUCUGGUUUACUGGACGUGGAGCUGUCAUACCAACACAGACGGGUAUUUGUGGUGUACAGUUUCUGCCAGCUCCUCCUCAGAUGUAACUGAAAUAUGAGUAUCCGUGUAUAUACAAGGUUUCCCAAGUCCUCAGCCAAUGUUGAUGACCUCACAUCUAAGCUGUGGCGGCGCUCGUCACGCCGCCUCGGAGCGCCGUUUGGUCAGUAGGAGCCUCUCGUCCCGGCGGAGGUUUCAUCAUAGAAAUGAUGUAACGACCAGUCUUAACUGAAUAAUUGAUCACGGUUUGGGCCAAUAAAAGACUUCACCCCCA